AUGCUCGUUCUGGGUCGGGAACGAUCCUUAGGAUUAAGCUUUGAGAAUUUCAUGUGCCACAGUAAUCUCCAGAUUGAGUUUGGCGAGUGUGUCAAUUUCAUCACCGGACAAACGGAAGUGGCAGUAUUGACUGCUCUAUGUGUUGCAUUUGGGUGUCAAGCGAAAGGAACUCAGCGAGCAUCUUUGUAUCCAUGGGAGGAUCUCUCUUCGGAAACCGGUGCUCCCUAA